CUCACCGACCAUGGCCACAGCUGCCUCGAAUCCCUACAGCAUUCUCAGUUCCAGCUCUAUGGUCCAUGCGGACUCUGCGGGCAUGCAGCAGGGGAGUCCUUUCCGAAACCCUCAGAAACUUCUCCAAAGUGAUUACUUGCAGGGAGUUCCUAGCAAUGGGCAUCCCCUCGGGCAUCACUGGGUGACCAGUCUGAGCGAUGGAGGCCCAUGGUCUUCCACACUGGCCACCAGCCCCCUGGAACAGCAAGACGUGAAGCCUGGGCGCGAAGACCUACAGUUGGGCGCAAUCAUCCAUCACCGCUCUCCGCACGUCGCCCACCACUCUCCGCACACUAACCAUCCGAAUGCCUGGGGGGCGAGCCCGGCUCCGAAUCCGUCCAUCACGUCGAGCAGCCAACCCCUUAACGUGUACUCGCAGCCGGGCUUCACAGUGAGCGGCAUGCUGGAGCACGGGGGGCUCACUCCACCGCCGGCCUCUGCCUCCACGCAGAGCUUACACCCAGUGCUCCGGGAACCCCCAGACCACGGCGACCUAGGUUCGCACCACUGCCAGGACCACUCGGACGAGGAGACACCAACCUCGGAUGAGUUGGAACAGUUCGCCAAACAGUUCAAACAAAGAAGAAUCAAGUUGGGCUUCACGCAGGCUGACGUGGGGCUGGCGCUGGGCACACUGUACGGCAACGUGUUCUCUCAGACCACCAUCUGCAGGUUCGAGGCCUUACAACUGAGCUUCAAGAACAUGUGCAAGCUGAAGCCGCUGCUGAACAAGUGGCUGGAGGAGGCUGAUUCGUCCACAGGGAGUCCGACCAGCAUUGACAAGAUCGCGGCGCAGGGCCGCAAGCGCAAGAAGCGAACCUCUAUCGAGGUGAGUGUCAAGGGCGUACUGGAGACGCAUUUCCUCAAGUGUCCCAAGCCUGCCGCGCAGGAGAUUUCCUCGCUGGCAGACAGCCUCCAGUUGGAGAAAGAAGUGGUGCGUGUCUGGUUCUGUAAUCGAAGACAGAAAGAGAAAAGAAUGACUCCACCAGGGGAUCAGCAGCCACAUGAGGUUUAUUCGCACACGCACACGGUGAAAACAGACACGUCCUGCCACGAUCUCUGACUGCAGGAAGCGAGGAAGCAACCGGCCGCACUGGGAGCAGCGCGGAUUUCUCUUUCUCUUCCACUCUCUUCCUUUUACUCCAGCUUUUUAAUUGCUAUUUCUCUAGUUCUCUGUCUCUCUCUCUCUCUUUUUUGUUGUUCGUUCUUUCUUUUCCCCCUCCCUCCACUUUUUUUUUUUUUUUUUAAACAGGGGAUUCUAACAUAUUAAGAAAGAAAACACACACACGCAUUCAGGCUUCUCAACGCGGAUACACAGUUGCCUUAAGCGAUCCAGGCGGGGACCUCAUAUCCCCUGCGCCAGGCAACAGCUCCCUCCAACCUUUUCUGCUGAUCAAUAUAUAUUGUUUACUUUGAGUAAGGUUGUUUGUUGUUUUUGUUUUUGUUUUGUUUUGUUUUUGGU